AUGCCUCCUCUCCUCCGCCCCUCCCUCUACGCUCUCCCGCCGUCUCUCAGAGCUUCUCUCUAUCAACAACACCAACAACAACAACGAUCCUUCUCCGCCUCCGCGGCYCGAAAAUCGCCUCUCUCAGAUGCUUUGCUCUAUUGUCCUACUCUCCUCCUCGAUGUCCUCCAUACCGGCCUCCCCUGGCACACUGCAAUUCCCCUCUCCGCAAUCCUCGUCCGCACCCUCCUAGUCUACCACAUCUCCGCCCUCCCCGCCCGCAAAGCUGCCAUAACCCGCGUGAACCUGCAUCCCCUCUCCGCCGCCCGCUUCCGCUCAGAAUACAUAUCCUACCGCGAAAGGGCCGCGGAUGAAAAAAUACAGGAUGCAGCCAAUGGCCGCACCAUCUCAGAACCGGAAAUGGCUAUCAUGGCUAUCCGCAUGAAAAUCAUGAGAGGCUUCAUGGCCGUGCGGAGUUCCCAUCGGACAGGCAAGGAGUAUGGCGCGCCGGCCUUCACUUGGUGGAGAAGUCCGGUUAACUUCGGGGUGUUGAUUGCGAUGACGGAGGCUGUGAGGGUGAAGUGUGGUGCGAGGGAAGGCUUGUUGAGUUUCUUGGCCAAGUCGAUCGAUCAACACGUAGAUCCCGAGACGGCGAGACGAGCAGCCAUGACUCCGGAUGAAAUUCUGGUGGAAAGGUUAGAAGCUGCUUAUGCUGCGAAACAGCAAUCCGCCGGGACUCCUGCACAACCUGUCAUGGAAGGGGAAGAAGGCAUGAGUUUCAUGGACGAGGAAUCAACAAGUCCUGCAUUGCAGGAUAUGGCUUCCGAUCAACUUCCCGCUCUCAACACGAACAUCUACGCCGGUGUCCAGGACCCGUCUCUCAAGACAGAAGGACUAGCAUGGUUCCCAGACCUCACCCUCGCAGACUCCACUCUCCUUCUCCCCUUUGGCCUUUCCACAGCAAUCGCCCUUACAGUUCUCACCCGUCCAAACCCCAACCCGGCGCCCGUCAUUCAAACGAAGAAGAACGAGAAUCAGACACCCAAAGACGACGACCCACUAGCAGCUCUCGCGGCCCUCCCACCCCAAAAGUCUCCUCUGGACAAGCUCUCCACGGGUCAGAAACUGGGAUUGAGUGUGAGUCUAGUCUUCUUCUUCGUGGCUGCGAAAUUACCAGCGGCGGUAUUAUUGUAUUUGAUCCCGAGUACGGUUUGUGGGUGGUUGCAGACUCGAUGGUUGGAUAUGAAAUAUCCGUUGCCGCAAAUGGUGACUCCUUGUGUGAGGCCUGUGAGGGUCAAAGUUCGGAAGGAAUUUCGGGAUGCUUGA